AUAUAUAGCAAAAGGCCAUAAACUCAAAAACUACAUAAAUGGCUUCCUCUCUACCAUUUUCUUGCAGCUUCAAACUUCCUUGUUUUUGCAGGCUCAAAGAACUCAAAUACCUUCAAGUGAGAUCGCAAAGCUUUAGUGAUGAUGGAACAUCAGCAAAUAUUGUGGACUCAAACAUGGGAACUCUAAGGGAGAGAAUAGCACAAGUGAGAGUGAAGGAUAGAUUGGAGAAAUGUUGCAGUUUGGAGAGCCUUCAAAAUGGAUGGAAUUAUGAGUCUGGUUAUAAUAAUAAACACAAGAGAUAUAGUUUGUUAUGUGAGGGAUUUGAGAUUGUGAGUUUUGCUGGUACUGCACUUGGCUUUGUCUUUCUUAGUGGUUCUCUUUGCUUAUGCCUUGUUUCUCUUCUUCUUCAUUUAUAUUACUAAUAAUAGAUAUAUAUAUAUUAGCAUCACAAAUUUUUACU